AUGAACCAUACCACCAUCGCCUGGAUCCUGACCGUUUCGUCUGUCCUCAUCAUUGGCACCAACCUCCUAAUUGCAGCAGCCCUGUUGCUCCUCAUUCAGAAGAAGGGGAGCAUGAGCUGGUAUUUUGUGCUGAACCUGGCUGUGGCCGAUAUCCUGGUGGGGAUCGGCAUAAUUGGGAUCGCCACAGAGCUCUUCAAUGCCCAUGCCUCUAUAACACAUAAGACUGGAUGCCUCGUGCGCAUGGCCUGUGUGACAUCUCCCUGUGCUGCCUCCAUCCUCACCAUGUUCUUGAUUGCCUUCGACCGCUACCUGGCCAUCAAGCUGCCCCUCCGGUACAUUAACAUCAUGACCACCCGCACACUGGCUGCAUGCCUCUCUGGUCUGUGGUUAUUCUCCUUCUUGGUGGGGUUUUUGCCCGUGAUGGUGAAGGAGCUCCAGAAUGAGCAACACUAUGACGGUUUCUGUGCCUUGUUCUUAGUGGUACGCCCCAAGGACAUGAUUAUUGUCUUCUGCGUGGCAUUUUUUCCUGUUUUCUUGGUCUUCAUAUUCUUCUACUGUGACAUCUUAAAGAUUGCUUACUCUCACGAGCGGCAGAUCAGAGAGACUCAACGUGCAGGCUCCCACCAAGCUCAGACUGGACACUACACAAGAGACAUGAAAGCUCUGAGGACAGUGGCUAUCCUGGUGGGCUGUUUCACCAUCUCCUGGACACCCUUCUUUAUGACCAGUGUCGUACAAGCAUUCUGUGAGGGAUGUCAUCUUUACCAAGUGAUCGAGAACUAUUUGUGGCUCUUAGGACUUUCCAACUCCCUGUUCAACCCGCUUGUGUAUGCCUACUGGCAGCUGGAGGUAAGGGAACAGGUAGGAAUCAUGUUUGCCCAAAUGAGGAGCAGGAUCUUUUCAGCAUAUGCCAUCAUUGCCAGAGUCAUCUGCGUUGCUCAUAUCCCCAUGGAACACAACCAGAGAGAAGGUAAAUGA